UGCUGGUCACACUCCACAGCCGGCUGCCUUUCUUUGUUAAGUUUAUUUUAAUGAAGUUUCUUGUUUCGCUCUUAAAGUGAUUGUGGUAGGCCUUCCCAAUUAAAAGUCAAACUCUGUGAAUAAGUUAUUAUAAAUACAUUCAUGAGCCGGGCUUACUGAAUAGCAUCCGUUCCGCGUAAAAAGGGUGGGCGCACAGGUGGUUCGACCCCAAGUAAUUUCUUUUCUUGUGUCCAACAAAAACCGGUGAUUCCCCGAGUUUGUGCUUCGAAGCAACCCUCCUCGGCAUUACGAAAUCCAGCAAGCUAGUGAUCGGGGGACACGUCAGCAAUAACCGGCCCGAACGUCGUCGGUGCCAGUUUGAGAAAACACUCCUCGAGAAAAGGGCACGAAUGAAACAGCUUCCGUGCAUAAUCGAACGAUUUUAUUUUACAAUAUUCUUGCAUCGCGAAGAGUAAGUAUAGCGGACUAUAGCAGCUCACCAUGGGCGACAGCGGGGACAACAUGCAGGCCAUCGAAAUAAAGCCUCGCGACUAUCAAUUGCGUCUGGUGGACUACAUAACCAAGCAUAAUGGCAUUAUCUACUUGCCCACCGGAUCCGGCAAGACCUAUGUGGCCAUCCUGGCCCUCAAGCGCUUCUCGCAGGACAUGGAUAAAACCAUCGAGAAUGGCGGAAAGCGGGCCCUCUUCAUGUGCAACACCGUGGAGCUGGCUCGCCAGCAGGCAGUGGCCCUGAAACGCCACACCAACUUCAAGGUCGGAUUCUAUGUGGGCGAGCAGGGCGUCGACGAUUGGCCCAGAGGCAAAUGGACGGAUGAAAUUCGCGAUAAUCAAGUUCUGGUGGGCACCGCCCAGGUGAUUCUUGACUUGUUCGCUCAGCGGUACCUGGAACUCGGCUCCGUGAGCAUUGUCAUAAUCGACGAAUGUCACCACGGAACUGGCCAUCAUCCAUAUCGCGAGUUCAUGCGGCUCUUCCUGUGCGUUGGCCAAGGCCAGAAGCUGCCACGCGUUGUGGGCCUCACGGGAGUCCUGAUCAAGGGUAAUGAAAUCAAGCAGGUGGCUAAGAUGCUCCAAGAGCUUGAGACGACGUAUCGUGGAAAAAUCAUAACCGUAUCCGACUCAAAGGAGAUGGAGAACGUGAUGCUGUACUCCACCAAGCCCAAAGAGUAUCUGCUGACGUAUCCUGCGCACAUCCACGCCUUCCAGGUUGUGGUCAGAAUUAAUGAGAAUAUUGCGAGCUUCUUUAAGUGCUUGGACACAAUGAACAUUGGCAAGCAGCCGGUGCGCAAGUCCAAGGGAUUGCAGGCGCAGCGCGAUCCGCACAAGAAGGGAGCUAUCAAGACGCUGUUCAACGACUUCCAGUUCCAGAUGAAGGAGUAUGGUCUAUACCCCGCCUCCAUAGCCAUUGUAUCGCUGAUUGUCGAGUUCGAAAUCAAGAAGCGCCAGGCAGAGACACUCUCCCUGAAAACCAUGUACAGAGGCGCCAUUGAGGUGUGCGAUUAUAUUCGGCACCUGUUGGAUGCCAAGCUGCACGACUUGGUGGAUGAGGACAGCUCGGUGGACACGGAGAAUGUCAUCAUGACCUUUUCCGCCCCGAAGGUGCAGAGAUUCCUGCAAUAUCUCAAGAAGACAUUCGCCGGCAAGCAGCCAAAGGACAUUUGCUGUCUGGUCUUCCUGGAGCGCCGUUACUCCUGCAAGUGCAUUCUCGGCAUGCUACUGGCCUUCAUCAAGGACUCGCCGGAGCUACGCGAUGUGUUGGUGCCACAGUUUAUGGUGGGCCGCAACUCCAUUGCCCAAGAUUUCGAGAACGUCCUGGAGCGCAAUUUUCAGAAAACGGCCAUCCAGCAGUUCCGGGAUGGCGAAGCCAACCUAAUGGUCUGCUCCAGCGUACUGGAAGAGGGCAUCGAUGUGCAGGCCUGCAACUAUGUGCUCAUCUUGGAUGCCCUCAAGACCUUUAACAUGUACGUGCAGACGAAGGGGCGAGCUCGCUCCAAGGAGGCCCAGUUCGUGCUGUUCGCGUCAGAGGUGGAAACAGCCAAGGUCUCGCAGCAAAUUGGCCAGUAUCGCGUGGCCCAUGCCGAAAUUGCCGAGUAUCUGAAGGAUCGGGUUUUGGACCGAGCCGAACCCCAACUAGACGAGAUCACCGAACACUUCCGGGACAUAAUCCCGCCGUACAAGAACGAGCAUGGCGCCCUGCUUCUGCCCAGUAGCGCCCUCAUCCUGCUCCAUCGCUAUUGCCAGAGCCUGCCGUCGGAUGCCUUUGGCUUCGUAGUUCCGUGGAUCAACUUGCUCGACGACAGCGAGCGCCGUCAGCUCUUCGGCGAGGCUGCGGCUCGAAAGCCCGUGGUCUCCAUCACUCUGCCACUCACUUCCAGGCUUAAGGACACGAUUUAUAGCGAUCCCAUGGACUGCGUGAAAUCUGCUAAAGUUUCGGCCGCCUUCAAGGUCUGCAGGCAGCUGUAUCAAAUGGGAGAACUCAACGAGCGAUUCCUGCCCUUCACUCUGAAAGAGCGAAUGACCGCCAUUGCCGACAUCCACUUUGAGCACUGGAAGAAGUACGGCGACGAUGUGACUGCGGUGGGCCGCAAGGAGGCUACCAAGCUACAAACCUACAAGACCGCCUGUCCGGCGGAGUUCUUCGACGCCCGACCCCGCGUGGGUGAGGUGUGCUACGCCUAUGAGAUCUGCCUGCAGCCGCGUUUCGAGAAAAACGAUUACACGGAACACAUGUAUCUAAACCUCCAGACGGCCAGCAACUAUGCCCUGCUGCUGCGCAAGAAACUGCCCCGUUUGGCGGAGAUGCCGCUGUUCAGCAACCAGGGCGAGGUGAGUGUCCGCGUGGCGGAGACUCCCGUGGAGGUGGUCAUUCAGAACGAGGAGCAACUGGAGCUACUGCAUCAGUUCCACGGCAUGCUGUUUCGCGAUAUUCUAAGGAUCUGGCAGCCGUACUUCGUGCUGGACCGACGUGGCAAGGAGAACUCCUUUCUGGUGGUUCCCAUAUCCGUGCUGAGCGAUGGUCAGCGUAAGGGUAUCGAUUGGCCAUUGGUCACAAGGUUCCAGAAGUUGCCCCGCCCGCAGAAGGUCAGUGUGCAGCAGCGCAAGCAGCAGCCAGCCCCCCGGCCCGAGGAUUUCGAGGGCAAGAUCGUGACUCAGUGGUAUGCAAACUACGAGGAGAAGCGCAUGUUGGUCACCAAGGUGCACAGGGAGCUCACUCCCUCCAGCUUCAUGGAGAAGAACCACCUGGACAAGACCUACUAUGAGUUCACCAUGUCCAAGUACAGCAACCAUAUCGGGGACGUGGUGCACCGCGACCAGUUCCUGAUCGAGGUAAGGGAAGUCACGGAGCAGCUCAACUUCUACGUCCAAAACCGGGUCAAGACCUCGGCCCAAAGCAAGGCCAGGGCCAAAGUGGUUCUCAUACCAGAGCUGUGCUUCAACUUUGCCUUUCCCGGCGACCUCUGGCUGAAGGCCAUAUUCCUGCCCAGCAUUCUGCGGCGCUUGCAUUUCCUCCUCCAUGCCGAGGCCCUGCGCAGGCGAUUCAAUGCCCAUCUCGGCCUGGACAAACUGCCCAUCAACGGAGUGGCUUACAGGCCCAAGGCCCUGGAGAUAGAUUGGUCGCUCAAGAGAAACGUGGACCCCCUGGGCAAUGCCGUGGCCAACGAGGACUUCGAGGAGCCGCGCUCCUUGCUGGAGCCGCUGCCCACAAAGUCCAUUGUGACGGAGAUGGAGAACCUCAAGAUCACCGACUUUGAGAAUUCCUGGCAGCAGUACAUGGAGCCGAGGGAUCUGUCGCGGAACAUCAUGAACAUCUAUCCGGUGGAGCUGAGCUACUACUACAACUUCACGCAGGGUCACGUGUCAAAGAUCGACGAGAUGGAGUUCGCGGACAAGCAGUUCUGGACGGAGACGCAGUUCAAAAUGUCCAAUAGGAAUGUAUACGGCACUAGGUCGGCUGCAAAGGCCAACAAUGACCUGCCGGCCUUGAUGCCCGCCACCUCGACAGCUGUUCCCUGCCCGGAAAGCCGCCUCUCCGUCCUGCAAAUCAGCCAGUCCGAUGAGAACAUUACGCCAGCGGAGCAGGGACAAUUUCUGGCUGCCCUCACAUCGGCAGCGUGUUCGGAUGUCUACGACAUGGAGCGCUUGGAACUGCUGGGCGACUCCUUCCUCAAGCUGAGCGCCACGCUUUACCUGACCAGCAAGUAUUCGGACUGGAACGAGGGCACCCUCACGCAGGUCAAGUCCAAGCUAGUGUCGAACCGGAACCUGCUGUACUGCCUCAGCGAAACGGACAUACCGACGAGGAUCAGCAACUCGCUCUUCACUCCGAAGUACACUUGGAUACCGCCCAGCGUUAGUCUGCCGCACAACGUGCUGGCGCUGUGGCGAGAGAAGCCGGGUCUGGCGGAACUAGUGGGUCCACACAAUCUGCGCGCUUUGGUGCUCAGCGAGGAGGAGUCGCUGGCCAAGGGCAGCUGUGACGAGCUUACCUAUCGCAACUUCGUCGAAAGCUGCCAGGGCAACGCGAACAGCCACUACGCUGGCGCCGACUUCUCCGCCGAGGUGAGCUUCUGCGUGGGAGAGACCAAGAUCGCCGACAAGGUGGUGGCCGACACCCUGGAGGCGCUGUUGGGCGUGAUCGUAAAGAACUACGGACUGCAGCACGGCUUCCGGAUGCUGGAAUACUUUGGCGUGUGCAAGGCGGAUAUUGGCAAGCCGCUCUCCCAGCUGCUGGACCUCAGCUUGAGCGGCGACAGGAUGCGGGCCAAUGUGACCACCACGGAGAUCGAUGGCUUCCUCAUCAACCACACCCAUCUGGAGGAGAAUCUGGGCUACACGUUCAGGGACCGGGGAUAUCUGCUGCAGGCCCUCACCCAUCCUUCGUAUCCCACCAAUCGCGUCACCGGCUGCUACCAGGAGCUUGAGUUUGUGGGCGACGCCAUCCUGGACUUCCUCAUCUCUGCGCACAUUUACGAGAACAACGUCAAGAUGACCCCGGGCCAGCUCACGGAUCUGCGUUCGGCGCUGGUCAACAAUACGACCCUGGCCUGCAUCUGUGUGCGGCACAAGCUACACUUGUUCAUCCUGGCGGAGAAUGCAUUGCUAUCGGAGACGAUAGCCAACUUUGUAAGCUUUCAGGAGAGCCAGGGUCAUCGGGUGACCAACCAUGUGCGCAUUCUGCUCGAGGAGAGCGACAUUGAGAGCUCUCCCCUGGACUAUGAAGAUGAUGAUGAAGAAAUGACCGGGAUGACGGGAGCUUCGCCAGCUAUCACGCAGCAUGGAAAAGGGGAUGCACCGGCCAAGGGCGAAUAUAAUAUGUCACAGAAUGUGGAUGUGCCGAAAGCCCUGGGCGAUGUUCUGGAGGCGCUGAUUGCAGCCGUUUACCUCGACUGCCGCGAUCUCAACCGCACCUGGCAGGUCAUCUACAACCUCUUGGAGCCAGAGAUUCAGGAAUUCUCGCGCAACGUGCCUAUCAAUCCGAUCCGCCAACUCUACGAGCACAAGCUGGCGAAUCCUGUCUUCGGCUCGCCCAUCGUCGACCAGGAGAAGGUGAUGAUGAGCUGCCAGUUCACCUGCAUGGAGAAAACCAUCAAGGUGUACGGAUUCGGCAACAACAGGGAUCAGGCCAAGAUGGCGGCUGCCAAGCACGCACUCCAAAAGUUGGCCAAAUGCGAUGCCUAGACGAGUGUGCUCUGAACGCUGUGUUUAACCACGAGGAUCUCCAUUGCGCUUUCAAAGGAUAUUUCGGUCUCCGAAUGAUCCUCUGAAAGCGGAAUGAAGGUUAUCAUAGUUAAAUACAAAGUAAAAACAAAGAAAAACAUUAUUCCUUCUGCAAAUCAGUAAUAUUUUAAAUAUUUUUUUACCAAUUUUCAUGCAUUUUUCGUAGGCCAGUUUAAAAAACUGUUUCUACAUUUUAAAUUCAUGCAAAACGUAGUUAGGUUCAAUAUAAAAUUUACAAGUUUAGCAUCUAUUUUUGGUUAUUUUAGAAACCAAUUCGAAUUUUAUAUAUUGAUAUUUUUUAUAUAAAAAGUGGUUUACUUGUUCAUAACAAACAUCCUUUUGCACCCUAGGCUAAAUCCCAUAAACAAACUUUUUUAUAUUACAUUAAAAAAAACGAAAAACAAA